CACGGCAACUUGAGGCGUGUCCCAUUCCAUAUCAAGAACAGACUCUGAAGCUGAAACAAGACCCAGGCUCCAAUAAAGUGGAUUCUUUCCAAGCAUUUGAGAAGCUUCAGACAGCUGCAGCUAGGAUGAGAAAUCUCAUAGUCCAGGGUCAUACAAGAAAACAGACAAAAUCAAAACCACUUCUAACCUAGAACACUCGUCUGAGAAGUCUAAAGGAUAUAAACAAUAUUGGUGAGAUCUCUUGGAAGAACUACCCAGAUGACUUAAUAUUGGAAAUCUCAUUUCAAGCUUUUCUUCUUCUUUUUUAAACCAGGCCUAGCACACAGAAGAUUUUGUGGAAAGCAACAAGAAACACUUUGGGGCUUCAAGACAGCUUGGAACAAGGCCGGAUGAGCAACUGUAGUGAAUGUCCCCUUUUGAGCGAUGACAUCUCAACGAGUCAAAGUUCCUUGCAGUGCCAUUUUGUCAGUCUAAAGCAGCAGAUGGCCUGCCAGAAGGCAGAGUAUGAAGCAAAGAUUUUAAGCCUGGAGCAACAGAACAAAGAAUUACAGUUAGAGAUUAAGGAUCUGCAUUCAAAAUUGGGUCAGCAAAGGAAGUGGUAUCGUUUGGUGGAAAUUAAAAUGUGCAAUGCAGAGAGGGCAUACGAAGAUGCAGAGAGGAGGAAUGAAAUGCUUCAGAGAGAAAUGGAAGAUUUUUUUGAUACCUUUGGAGAAUUAACAGAGGAAAUAAAGACACCUGAGGAAAUUGCUCAGAGUUUUUAGAUACGAACAGGCCUUAAUUUCAGCUGGAAAAAAUAUCUUCUCAUUACAAUUCAAAUGCAAAAUGUGAAAAUUCUGGAUGUUUUCUUUUCAGA